AUGCGGGAAAUUUGCGGAGAUGCCGCCCAUAGCCCGGACGUCGUCAACAGCGACAACAACGACAACGGCGACGCCGCCAGUUCCCCAGAAGCAAUCGUCGUGACUGCUGCAACAGGGACAGUGACGAAGGACGAAGGGUGCCUCCUGUCAGGGACGAACCCGCCCCCGAACGAGACAUGCGAUGUGGUGGCCGCCGACUGUCAAUUAAGCACGAUAGGCGACUUGGACUGGCCCGAGCUUGGGCUUGAGUCGGCAACAGAAAGCGAGCCGUUCAUACCCGACUGGCUAAUGUUGGGAGUGGAGGGGACGGAGGGGACGGAGGGGACGGAGGUCGCCCCAAAUGGCGAGGCGCCGCGCGUGGAUACGGAACCCACGACGCUUUUGGGGAGUGCGCAAACAAAGAGCGUCAUGAACCGACUUUGCUUUCCCAAACAGCUUCGGCGCGCGAGGCAGAAUCGCAUGAAGAACGCGGCGACACACGACGCCUCGGCCGAUGGCGACAGCGCGCAAGGACCGUUCGAGCAUGUUUUCCGUGGUGACCGUAAGCAAGACUCGCAGGCCGGCGCGGGAACACAAGGCGGAAUGGGGUUGAUGACCAGCCCAGCGGCAGCCAAGUCCAGAGCGGGUGCAGACGCUCUGACGCAGGGACAACUCUGCUUCUGCUUCCUUCAGGCCCUCGGCCGGCAAAUUCAUUUUCAGACCCAGGCCAGGCCCAGAGAAAAGCGGCGCACGGCGGCGGCGGUCGCAGUGUAG